AUGGCUACAAAGACCGGCACGACUGGAUACACGGCGCCCGAAGUUCUCAAAGUUGGGAGCAAGUUCCACGGCAGCUAUACCUCGAAGGCGGAUCUCUGGUCGCUCGGAUGUGUCGUUUAUAGGAUGAUCAAGGGGUGUCAAUUCCUCACCCACGAUGAUGAGACGAAAAGAGAAGCUGAACACAAAGUCGAUGACUUGGCCAAGGAUAAGUGGGAAGGAUUUGAGAGAGAAGCAAACUUGUUGAAGAAGCUGCUUUGCAUCGAUCCGGAGAAGAGGCCAACCGCCAGGGAUGCAUUGGAAAGUUACCAAAACUGA